AUGUCGAGCUCCAGGCGCUGGCAUCCCAGGCGCGACGACGAGGAGCUGGCUAAGAAGGACGACGACCUCGGCCUGCCCAAGCAUGCCAAGCAGCAGCAGCAGCAGCACGGAGGCCAAUGGCAAGCUGUCCACCCUCCGAGACGGGGCUUGGUCUUGCGCCUGGUCGUAUACCUCGUCGUCCUGGGAGUCUUGCUCUUCAUCCUCAUCCGCACCAUCACUGCCGGUGACGAUGCGUCGUCGCCGUCUCCUCUCGACAGAGACCCCUUCCGUCACGACUUCCCCGGCGCAUAUGACUCCCCCACCCGGGGACGUCCCCCUCCGCCACCUCUCGAUGCCGAACCGAAGUCGAGGCCAAAGCCGAACCCGGUGGCGGAGUCCAAGACGAAGCCGAAAACGCCCGCCGCUGGCCACGAUGCCCUCGACGAGCCCAAGAGCUACAAUGGACCCAUCAAGUUUUACGAGCUGGCGGCUUCCCUCCGCGCGAUAUCGUCGACCGGCGGCACCUCAGUCACGAACCGCAACGUCUUGUUUGCUGCUGCAAGCCUCAAGAGCGCCGCCACGCUGCUGCCCAUGGCGUGCCGCAUGGCGUACGAGAAGACAACAUAUGUCCAUUUCGCGUUCAUUGGCCGGUCGGCCAUCUCCCUGAAGGAACUUCUCCAGGUCAACGGCAUCGACAGGACGUGUCCAAUGAUGAUGCAUGAUGCACGACCCGACCACGCUGAUACCUCCACCGAAGCGCGCAUGACACUCUCCGUCGCGCGUGCCUUUUACUACAUCAACACGUACAUGCAUCCACAGGCCGUCCUUGUGGACUCGACCGAUGCCGAGGAGACCUUCUUCCUCCGUGGCGCUCGUGACGAGAUCUCAUCCACGCACGCAGCUCUCAUUGAGCUCCCUCAUAAGCCCGAAACUCGGCUGUCGUGGAUCACAAAGCUGGACGCCCCAGCCCUGGCAGCUUGGAAUCAAGUCCGCUUCGAUAUCAUGGUGCGCGCUCCGCCUACGGGCACAGGAAACAUCAAGAGGCUGCUCAAUUCGCUCGCACGCGCCGAUCUCGGCGGCCACUCCAUCCCGCACCUCACGGUCGAACUGCCGAGUCUCAUCGAAAAGCCGCUCCAGGAAUUCCUGGGUCGUUAUGAGUGGCCCCCGUCCGCCGGCGACGAGAAGCCGCUGCCGCGGAUGAUGUCGCUGCACCGGCGAAUUCCCAGCCACAGGAUCAGCGAGGAGGAGAGCUUGGUGCGCUUCCUCGAGUCGUUCUGGCCGCUGGACCCAGUCAAUUCCCAUGUGCUGGUCCUCUCUCCGAAUGCGGAGGUGACGCCUCAGUUCUUUCACUAUCUCAAAUUCGCCAUCCUCUACUACCGGUACUCGCGAGCUGCGACGAGCGAAGGCCUGGAACUGAGACUGAUGGCCAUGGGUUUUGCCGUUCCCACAGUGUCGCUCGAUGGCACGCAACCGUUUUCGCCCCCCGCGCCAGUGCGUGGCAACAAGCCUGGAAGCGAGGGAGCUCCGUUCCUUUGGCAGUCUCCUGCCAGCGAUGCGGUCCUGUUCUUGGGCGACAAGUGGGUGGAGCUGCACGCAUACGUCUCCCAGAUGAUAAACAGGCACAGCUCGAGCCCUUCUUCGCCAGCGCUGAUAGCCAAAAAGGAGGUGGGUAAACAGCACCCAGCCUGGAUGGAGUACGCGGUGCAGCUUGCCCGGCUCCGCGGCUACUUUACGCUGUAUCCCGGUAAGGACACGGCUGGCGCCAUUGUCGGCGUUCACACCGACUUGUCCGACAAGCCGGAGGAGUAUGGCGACGCCGGGAGUUCCUCGAAAGACAGGGAACAGGGAGGAUUCGUCGACAGGGUCAGCCCAGCGUUUGACCCGGGGUCAUCGGUGGACAUGCUGGAGACACUGCCUAAGCGCGGUGAGCUGCAGCCGCCCGAGGACUUGCCCAUAUUGUCAUGGGACAGCAAGCAAAAGAGCUUCGCCAAGUUCCUCAUGGAGACAGCCCAGUUUGCGGACGAGUUCCGGCGGCAGGUCGGGCACUGCUCCGAGGAGGACUUGAAGAGUUUGCCGCUGCCAGAUUCGUAUGCGAGGGACCUGUUUUGUGAUACCAAGAGAGCGGGGUGA